AUGGAGGGCCAUGAUCCAAAGGAACCAGAACAGUUGAGGAAGCUGUUUAUUGGUGGCAUAAGCUUUGAAACCACAGAUGAUAGCUUAAGAGAACAUUUUGAGAAAUGGGGCACACUUACAGACUGUGUGGUAAUGAGAGAUCCCCAAACAAAAUGUUCCAGGGGCUCUGGUUUUGUGACCUACUCUUGUGUUGAAGAGGUGGAUGCUGCAAUGUGUGCUCGGCGUGUGGUGGAGCCAAAGAGAGCUGUUUCUAGAGAGGAUUCUGUAAAGCCUGGUGCCCAUUUAACCGUGAAGAAAAUUUUUGUUGGUGGUGUUAAAGAAGAUACAGAAGAAUAUAAUCUCAGAGACUACUUUGAAAAGUAUGGCAAAAUCGAAACCAUAGAAGUUAUGGAAGACAGGCAGAGUGGAAAAAAGAGAGGAUUUGCUUUUGUAACUUUUGAUGAUCAUAACACAGUUGAUAAAAUUGUUGUUCAGAAAUACCACACUAUUAAUGGGCAUAACUGUGAAGUGAAAAAGGCCCUUUCUAAACAAGAGAUGCAGUCUGCUGGAUCACAGAGAGGUCGUGGAGGUGGAUCUGGCAACUUUAUGGGUCGUGGAGGAAACUUUGGAGGUGGUGGAGGUAAUUUUGGUCGUGGAGGAAACUUUGGUGGAAGAGGAGGCUAUGGUGGAGGUGGUGGCAGCAGAGGUAGUUAUGGAGGUAGUGAUGGUGGAUGUAAUGGAUUUGGAGGUGAUGGUGGCAGCUCUGGUGGUGGUCCUGGUUAUACUAGUAGAGGAGGCCAUGGUGGUGGUGGACCAGGAUAUGGAAACCAAGGUGGUGGAUAUGGUGGUGGUGGUAGAGGAUAUGAUGGUUACAAUGAAGGAGGAAAUUUUGGUGGAGGUAACUAUGGUGGUGGUGGGAAUUAUAAUGACUUUGGAAAUUAUAGUGGACAACAGCAAUCAAAUUAUGGGCCCAUGAAAGGGGGCAGUUUUGGUGGAAGAAGCUCAGGCAGUCCCUAUGGUGGUGGCUAUGGAUCUGGUGGUGGAAGUGGUGGAUAUGGUAGCAGAAGGUUUUUAAAAAGAAGAAGAAAAGGGCUACAGUUCCUAGCAGGACAGAGAGGGAGGAGUUGUCAGGGAAGCUGCAGGUUCCUUUGA